AUGCCUACCAAGAGCGACAAUGCUACCGCCGUGCCCGCACCGGCGAAGGAGUAUGAUCAUGAGAUUGUGGAUAUGGCAAAAUAUGUCCACCACUACAAUAUCGACUCUGACGUUGCCUACGACACCGCCCGCUGGGUCUUCCUAGACACGCUCGGCUGCGGCCUUAAAGCCCUCGAAUUCCCGCAGUGCACGAAGCUGCUCGGCCCCGUCGUCGAGGGCACUACUGUCCCCAACGGCACCAAAGUCCCCGGCACAUCCUACCAGCUCGACCCCAUCAACGGCGCCUUCAACAUCGGCGCCAUGAUCCGGUGGCUCGACUUCAACGAUUGCUGGCUCGCCGCUGAGUGGGGCCAUCCGUCAGACAACCUGGGCGCGAUCCUCGCCGUUGCGGACUGGAUAUCGCGGACGAACCGUGCGGGCGGCAACCUGGGCAACGGCAAGGUGCUGAAGGUGCGGGAUGUGCUGGAGGCCAUGAUCAAGGCGCACGAGAUUCAGGGCUGCUUGGCGCUGGAGAACUCGUUCAACAAGGUCGGCCUCGAUCACGUCGUGCUGGUCAAAGUCGCCUCGACGGCUGUGGUUGCCAAGAUGCUCGGCCUCUCCGAAGGCCAGACCAGGGAUGCUAUCUCCCAGGCGUGGGUUGAUGGCCAGGCUAUGCGGACGUACAGGCAUUCGCCCAAUACCAUGUCAAGGAAGUCGUGGGCUGCGGGCGAUGCUUGCCAGAUGGCUGUCAACCUUUGCUUGAAGGUUAUGAGGGGCGAGGGUGGUAUGGCUACGGUGCUUUCGGCACCAACCUGGGGUUUCUACGACGUGAAUUUCCACGGCCAGCCCUUCAGGUUCCAGCGGGACUAUGGCAGCUAUGUUAUGGAGAACGUCCUGUUCAAGGUCUCAUACCCGGCCGAAUUCCACUCCCAGACCGCCAUCGAGGCCGCGCAACGUCUUAACAAGAAACUCAAAGACAUGGGCAAGACAGCCGAAGACAUCGAAACCGUCACCAACCGCACCCACGAAGCCUGCAUCCGCAUCAUCGACAAGCAGCUCAAGCCCAUGGACAACUUCGCCGACCGCGAUCACUGCGUCCAGUACAUGGUCGCGACCAUGUUCGUCUUCGACCGCCUCGAAGCAACCGACUACACCGACGGCAGCGAGGCCGCAACCUCUGAGCUCGUCGAGUCGCUCCGCAAGCGCAUCUCCUGCGUCGAAGACCCGCAGUUCACCAAGGACUACCACGACCCGUCCAAGCGCACCAUCGCGAACGCGCUGACCGUGCGUCUGCGGGACGGUACCACGCUCGAGGAGGAGGUCGUCGAGGCCCCGCUCGGGCACAAGUGGAGGCGGGACGAGGCGAAGCCGCAGAUCCUGGAGAAGUACAGACGGCAUCUGGGACCGCAUUUCGAGGGCAGCAGGGUCGAGGAGUUGGUCGAGUUGGGGCAGGAUCGGAAGAAGUUGGAGGGCAUGGAUGUGGACGAGUAUGUGGAUUUGUACGUGAAGAACUGA